UCAGUAUAACUUUUACAAAAUUGUCGGCUAAAUUUUUAUAUUUCAAUACGCUACACAUAAUGGAUAAAAAUGAGAAGCCCGAUCCAUCCAAACUGAUACCGUCCAGUAACAAUUCUGCAGAGUCUAGCAGAAUUUCGGCUGUUAUAGACGCAAGCGCCGAUCCACCUAGGCCACGAUCUAUUUUAUGCAAAACCAGGAACCUAAGCGAUUGUGAAGCUGAUGGUGAAAAUUCCCCAGAAUUCAAUGGAGUGACUGCUGGGAACAGAGAAACCAUUAUUACGUUCAUAGAGCCAAUAGAUGUCCAUGAUGAUGGCAUUGAUGAAGUCACUAAGCAGGAACGCCGCGAAAAAUUAAAGGCGAAAAUUCGUGAGCAUUACCGGAAUACCAGUCCCUGGGACAAGCCCGGUCUUGGGGCGGCGGAUGAACGUUUUGACGAGGACAGUGACGCGGGCAGAGAGACACCAAAAUUGGAAGACAAAAAGGAAUAGAUGGUGGAUAAAGAACAGUCUUGGAAGCAAUUACAAAUUUGUUUUUUCGUCUUUGCAGCUCUGAUAAAAUUGUCUGUGACAAAUUUGUACUAUUGUUCUAGAAAGUAAUAUGGAUAAAGACGACAAACCCGAACCACCAGUGCCACCGCCUAUACUACGUAAAGAGGUCUAUCAGGAAGAGAGCCAUGUACACCAUUCAGAACAUGCCAUUAAGAUUGAAACGCCACCAGUAGAAGAGGCUGAUGACGAGGCUCAGGAGACUGAUGGGUUGACUAAGGAGGAACGACAUCAAGAGUUUGAAGAGGCGCGUCGCCAACACGAUCAUGAUAUGUGCAGGCCCAGUAUACUCUUCACUGAUGUCACAAGAGAUCCCGAAGAGGAACUGACAACGGAUGAGGAGCGAAGCAGUUUUGGUUCAAUAACGAAUAAAGACAACCAUAAAGACAACAGCAAAGAUAAGCAGCCAGCAACCAAGAAAAAAAAGUAGUUCCUCAUAAUACAUAAAUAAAACACUCUUAUAAAAAGAUUA